CCUCUCAAAUUUCAACAACUUUUUUGCGUAGUUUUUUACCCCACAUCUAAUCCGAACUUAAAGUUUCCAACAAAACAAAGUUAAUUAUCAAAAUAUACACAAAAAUAGCAGUUAAUUAAUAGAAAACUUAAUUACAUUACGAAGUAAUCAACAUAAAAGCACUUAAUAGCUCAUAAUAAGCUGUUGAAUAGUGGAAACCAGUGAAAUAUUAGUGAAUUUUCAUUUGGCGGAAUUAUUUUCGAAUUAAACAAUAAUCCAACGGAUUUUUUGUUUGUUUAUAAUCACAAAAAACAUUAAUUGAAGUACAAAUUAUAUUGGAAUGGCUUCAUCAAUACCAUCGAAGAUCUUCAUUCAAGUUGAAUCACAAGCUGAGCAGCAGGAAAACAUCAAGAAUACACGAAAAGUUUUCAAUAACCUACAGAAACUUGGAUCUCAAGUUGGAACUGACAAAGAGAACUUGAUUGGAAGAUCACCAGCCUAUAUCGCCAAAGAAUCUCUCGUCAAGAAGGCUAGUCUUGACAUUGAACAGGAAGUUAAGAGGAAGUCACCAGCACCAACGACGUCAAAAUCAUCUCAAACAAGUCCCGCGUUAGAACCAGGCAAGUCGAUAACGACAGAAGAUCUCACAUCUGACAAGCCAGUUAAUCAACAUUAUUGGGAAGUACUUGCUGAAAAGCGACGCGAGGCUUUACAAGAAACCCUUGUUGAGAAUCAAGAAUUAUACGAGAGAAUUGCCAAUUUAGAAGAUGAAUUGAAUCAUUCAAAGAGUAUGCUCGAAGAAGCACGCGAUUUAGUGACUGUAUUAACGGAAAUGCUUGAAGAGAAGGAAUCACCAAAUGGACCUGCCAAUAACUCCGUUGAGACAGAAGAACCUAGUGACACCAGUGGACUCGACUUUACCAUAUAAGCAAUGCAUUUAAAAGCCCAUUGAUUAGACUAAGUUCUUUGUUGUUUUUUUGGCUUUAUCAUUUUUUACAUACCUCACGAUUUAUUAUCCUUCUCUAUGUAUUUGCUUUUUGAGUUCAUUGAAUAAAACAUAUUUUUGAUCAUCCCGUUUUCAUUGGAACCAA